CCGGAGAAGGGGGGUCGGAUCAGGUGGUUUGGAUUUAGUUCUUGGCUCAGGCCCUGGGCCGCUCUGUUCCCAGCGGCCUGCUGCGUGACGGCUCUCUGCCCCCGCCCCUCCCCCCACAAAGGACCGGCCGGGCCGGAGGAGCCUCCCCGGCAGGAUCCCCUGGACCCUGGCAGGCCCCCGACCCGAGGCGAGCAGCGGCCGGCCCCCGUGCCGGGGAAUCUGCAAAGUCUGAAAAUGGAAACAGCCCCAGAGAGUGUCCCCGGGCAUCGGGCGCCUGGUAGAGGAUCCGCUUCUGCGCUUCCUGCAUCUCUGUUUACCUGGGUGACAAUAAAGCUGCCCAGCUGGGCCCGGGCGGCCGCGCCCUCCCCUCGCGGCCCCAUGCAAAGCGCCCAGGGCAAGGAGGCGUUGCCCGGGGCCUGCCCGCUGCCCGCGCUGCCCGCCGGCUCAAAGCCACCUCUCGGCGGCGGGGCCCGGGCCAAGGAGGAGCCCCUGGAAGCGGCCGCAGCCGGCUCUGGUUGGGCAAUCAUUAAUCGGAUUCCUGGCAUUCCUUGGCCGCCGCGGGCCGCUGCCCCAGGAUGAGCCACAGCCGCGCCGAGCCCUGGGACUGGCACUCGGACAUGCAGUUUGCAGGAAAGCUGGCGCUCUCCGCCGCCGCCCUGCUCCUGGGGACGCUGGUGUACAGGCUGUACAAGUCCCGGCCGGCCCGGAGCCCACCCGGGGGCGGGACAGCGCGGGCCGAGGCCGCGGCCCCCGGGGAGGCAGACGUCGCGGGCCCGCCCGAGCCCGCCGGCCAGCCCGAGCCCGCCCGCAGCCCGCCCGGGGCUGGGCUGCCGGCUCUCAGACCCCGCGCCCGGGUCCGCAGGGAGGAGGGGGCCGGGGGCAGCGGGGCCUGGGGGCACGGCCAGCCCGAAGGGGCCCGGGACUGCCUCGGGGAGGCGGCCGUCGGGCCGGGAAAGGACCGUCUCCUCGGUGACUGCGACCCUGAGCCCGGACCUGCGGAAGCCAGUGACGGCCCCGGGGACUCCCGCCCCGAGCCGGGUCUCCUGCGAGACCGUGCCAGGGGGCAGGGAGAGGGGGCGGCGCGCGCGGCUCCCGGCCCCGAGCAGGCCGCCGCCCGUCGGGAGGACGCGCCCCGGAGCUGGGGCUUCACCCAAGCUGCGGGGGCCGGCCGGGGCGGCGCGGGGCUCGUCAGGGCCGCCUCGGACAUGGGUCUGGCCCUCAGCCGGCGCGCCGGGGAAGCCGACACCUGCUACCUCUUCUCCUCCCUGGCCAGGGCUCGGGUGGAGGAGAGCCUUCUUGGGGCGCGGGCGCCGGAGGAGAGGCCCGGGGGGCCCGGCCUGAAGGGGAAAAUCUAUGACUACUACGUGGAGUCCACCUCCCGAUGCGUCUCCACAGACAGGCCGGCGCCCCCGCUCCCCAGCCUCCCCGAGAGCCGUCCCAAGCCUCCCCCGGGCCGGGCCGAGGGUCCCCGGGAGAGCCCCCCCGCCGCCCCCGGGCCCAGCCUCAGCCGCAAGGAGAGCUUUCUCCAGAUCGCCGAGAACCCCGAGCUCCAGCUCCGGCCCGACAGCCCGCGGCCCCCCGGCCCCCGCGCUCUCCCCGCGCCCGCGGCCCCGCCGGGAGCCCGGCCGGAGCCCGAGGUGGAGCGGGUGGCCGGGACCAGCUUCUUCCGGCUGCCCCUGGGGCCCGGGGCGGCCGAGAACGCCCGCCUGGACCUGGGCAACUGCUCGGAAGCGCUGCGGCUGGCCAAGAGGGAGAAGCUGCCCGCGCUGGAGGAGGCCGCCUACCGGGUGAUGAGCGACAACUACCUGCAGGUCCUGCAGAGCCCGGACAUCUACGGGCGCCUGAGCGGCGCCGAGCGCGAGCUGAUCCUGCAGAGGCGCCUGCGCGGGCAGAAGCGCCUGGUGGUGGCCGACGUCUGCCCCCAGGGGGGCGGCGGCCGCCUCUGCGCCUACGACGAGGCGCGGGACGCCUGGUGGCCCCUGGCCGCCCUCCCGCCCGAGGCCACGUCCAGGGGCUGCGCGCUCUGCAGCCUCUUCAAUUACCUCUUCGUGGUGGCCGGCUGCCCCAGGGCGGGGGGGCGCGCCUCCAACCGCGUGUUCUGCUACAACCCGCUGACGGGCAUCUGGAGGGAGAUGUGCCCGCUGAACCAGGCGCGCCCCCGCUGCAAGCUCGUGGCCCUGGACGGCUACAUGUACGCCAUCGGGGGCGAGUGCCUCUACACGGUGGAGCGCUACGACCCGCGCCAGGACCGCUGGGCCUUCGUGGCGCCCCUGCCCAACGACACCUUCGCCCUGGCCCACACGGCCACGGCCUGCGACGGGGAAAUCUACGUCACGGGCGGCACCCUGCGCUACCUGCUGCUCCGCUACUCGGGCCGGGAGGACCGCUGGCGGGCCAGCCCCGCGGCCGGCGGCAAGGACCGCACGGCCGAGAUGGCGGCCGUCGGCGGCUUCCUCUACCGCUUCGACCUCAACCGCAGCCUGGGCAUCGGGGUGUACCGCUGCAGCGCCCGGGCCCGCCUCUGGUACGAGUGCGCCACCUACCGCGCGCACUACCCGGCCGCCUUCCAGUGCGCCGUGGUGGGCAACCUCAUUCACUGUGUGGGCCGCCAGUUCCACCUGCGCUUCCUGGCCGACUACGUGUCUCCCCGCUUCCUCCCCAACGAGCCCCGGGGCUUCCCGUCCCCGCAGGGCACCCUGAUCCCCGCCGUCCUGGCGCUGCCCGCCCUCGGCGGGGCGCAGACCCGGGUGUAGCCCCGCCCCGGAUCCUUUGGAGAGC